CCUCAGAGCGGUUCAAAUGCAGUCCUAUUGACUAACCCAAGCAGACAGACUUACACGCGCUGCACAGCGAUCAGAUUCAAAGCAAGCGACUCGCCGCUGGCAGAGGAAAGGACUCAAACACUCCCGACUGGAUCGUCUCACACAGCUAUACUCCAACACAGUGUGGGGAUACCGGGGAAAAAAAGUAACAUACAGCACAGUGUUGCGAGUGCUCAAAUUUUGAUGGCACAUGAGCACAGCAUCACACACUACAAGGAAACGUAAAGGAUAAAGACGCGUCCACUCCUUUUUAAAGCGCUUCACCGCAGAGGCACGGGUACAGGGGAUCGAUUCAGAGCUCUCCAGCUUUGUGAACACCGUGGUUGUUGUACUGAAAUGGUAUGGCCGGAUACUAAAGGAUUGUUCAGAACCAUGUGCUCACUAUAAUUUGGAUUCAAUGAAAAUGUCAGUCUGCGUUCACGAGAACCGCAAGUCCCGUUCCAGUACGGGCUCCUUGAACGUCUACCUUUUCCACAAGUCUUCGUAUGCGGACAGCGUCCUGACGCACCUCAAUGUCCUGAGGCAGCAGAGGCUCUUUACCGACGUCCUGCUGCACGCGGGGAACCGUUCCUUCCCCUGCCACCGGGCAGUGCUGGCUGCCUGCAGCCGAUAUUUCGAGGCCAUGUUCAGCGGGGGUCUGCGGGAGAGCCAAGCCAGUGAGGUGAACUUCCAUGACUCCAUCCACCCCGAGGUGCUGGAGCUGCUGCUGGACUACGCCUACUCCUCGCGGGUCAUCAUCAAUGAGGACAACGCAGAGUCGCUCCUGGAGGCUGGAGACAUGCUGCAGUUCCAGGACAUCCGGGAUGCCUGUGCAGAGUUCCUGGAGAAGAACCUGCAUCCCACCAACUGCCUGGGCAUGCUGCUUUUCUCGGAUGCCCAUCAGUGCACCAGGCUGUUCGAGCUCUCCUGGGGGAUGUGCCUGAGCAACUUCCCAGCCAUCAGCAAGUCUGAGGACUUCCUGCAGCUGCCCAAAGACAUGCUGGUGCAGCUGCUCUCCAAUGAGGAGCUGGAGACAGAGGACGAAAGGGUUGUUUACGAUUCUGCCCUCAACUGGGUGAACUACGACCUGAAGAAGAGGCACUGCUACCUCCCAGAGCUGCUGCGCACAGUCAGGCUGGCCCUCCUACCUGCCAUCUUUCUGAUGGAGAAUGUCUCCACAGAGGAGCUCAUCAACAAGCAGGCCCAGAGCAAGGCGCUGGUGGAGGAGGCUAUCCUCUGUAAGCUAAAGAUCUUGCAGAAUGACGGGGUGGUCACUAGCUUGUGUGCCCGUCCCCGCAAGACCAGUCAUGCCCUGUUCCUGUUGGGAGGCCAGACGUUCAUGUGUGACAAACUCUACCUGGUGGACCAGAAAGCAAAAGAGAUCAUCCCCAAGACAGACAUCCCCAGCCCUCGCAAGGAGUUCAGUGCCUGUGCCAUCGAGUGCAAGGUCUACAUCACUGGGGGCCGGGGCUCAGAAAAUGGGGUGUCAAAAGAUGUUUGGGUCUACGACACCCUGCAUGAGGAGUGGUCCAAGGCAGCCCCCAUGCUUAUCGCCAGGUUUGGCCAUGGCUCUGCAGAGCUUAAGCAUUGUCUGUAUGUAGUAGGUGGACACACAGCAGCCACAGGGUGUCUCCCAGCAUCUCCAUCAGUGUCCCUCAAGCAGGUCGAACAGUAUGACCCAGCCACCAAUAAGUGGACCAUGGUGGCCCCUCUCAGGGAAGGGGUGAGCAAUGCAGCUGUGGUCAGUGUCAAACUGAAGCUGUUUGCCUUCGGGGGCACCAGUGUCAGUCAUGACAAGCUCCCCAAAGUGCAGUGCUAUGAUCCACAGGAGAACAGAUGGACAGUGCCAGCCACCUGCCCACAGCCCUGGCGAUACACAGCUGCAGCUGUGCUUGGUAACCAGAUUUUUGUCAUAGGAGGUGAUACUGAGUUCUCGGCAUGCUCAGCCUACAAGUUCAACAGCGAGACCUACCAGUGGACUAAAGUAGGGGACGUUACAGCAAAGCGCAUGAGCUGUCAGGCUGUGGCUUCUGGAAACAAACUGUAUGUAGUCGGGGGCUAUUUUGGCACACAGAGGUGCAAAACACUGGACUGUUACGACCCCACACAGGACACCUGGAACAGCCUAACUACAGUGCCCUAUUCACUCAUUCCGACAGCGUUUGUCAGUACCUGGAAGCACCUUCCAGCUUAGAAGUGAAGCUUCAAAACAGCAGGGAUAAUGCUGUUCUUGCAACAAAUCUAAUGAAUAUCUACUGUGAAGAAGUAAACUUUUUACCACAUGGCAUGAAGGAUAAAGGGGAUGGGGCUGGGGAUGGGGAUGGGGGGAUCAUGGGCGGGAGACUUUUUGAUGAAUGAUGUCUACCCUCGCAAUGUCUGCACCACAAGCUGGACAUGAAGGACCAGUCUCCUGUUCUGUGCGUUUAGAGACAUCGGUGUUGUUUAAAAAUGAAAGAAUGAAGCUGCAUGCUCCAGACGAGCUUCUGUAAUCAAGGAUUACUGUCAACAUUAAUCAGCCCUCACAAAGGAAAAGAAAAGCACAGGGGUUUACAUCAGAGCAGAGCACACCAUUAGAAAUGUUCAUUCACUCAACUCCACCAUUUGUGUGUGAAAUUUGAAAUGGUUGUCACCUCACGACAUGACAUGUUGAAGUGCCAACACCAGCUGUGGUGAAGCCCUAUGAUGUCAAUUUGAGUGAAGAUACAAUUGGAGUUUUGCAGCCUUCUACUAACAGAGGCCUAGUUGUAGGCUGAACCUGGGGUGUUAUUUAACCUGCAUUUGUUAUCUGAGCAGCCUAAAACUGCAAAACCAACAAGACAAGAUGAGAAUCUGGGACUAUAACUGAAUCUGGAUAUUAUUAUUAUUAUUAAUAAUAAUAAUAAUAAAUAAUAAUAAUAAUAAUAAUAAUAAUAAUAAAACAAAAUAACUUGUGCAGGCAAUAUUUCUACAGCGAAAAUGCUAGUAUGCAAAUACUGGCCUUAAAUGUAUGUUAUAAUUUAUGAAGAAUGUUGUUGCUGUUGUUAUUGUAAAGAUACAUAUUUGAUGUCCUCUGCUCAGCUACUAGAUAUUUAUUGUUUUGCUGCUUGGGUGCUUAUGGAGGUUUUUGUUUUGUUCCAUGCACAGCCCCUUCUGUUUGACUGGGCUCUCAUUUUGCACAUUUUGUUUACUUGGCGCUUUAAACUGUAUUUUUCUUUUUGAAUCCCCCCCCCCCCCCCCCCCCC